AUGCAAGGGCCCUCUUUCGCAUCCACCGUCCCAGCCAGUACCACAGGUGUGACUUCUCCCUCCGCCAGCAGUCCUGUGGCCACCACUGCCACUACCACCGUGACGUCACCUGGCACGACUCAGGGGACCUCGUCCUCUGCCACUGUCCCAGCCACCAACUCUGCCUCCGCCACCACUUCUGCAUACCCAACUCCUGAGGCCACCACUGCCACCACCACCGUGACCUCCCCUGCCACGACUCAGGGGACCUCUGCCUCGACCAGUGUCCCAGCCAGCACCACCACCGUGGCCUCUCCUGCCUGGACUCAGGGCACCUCUUCCUCCACCUCUUCGUACCCUGUUCUGGGAACCACUACCAUUGCUAGUGCAAAUUCGAGCCCCAGCAUCGUCACCACCAUGCCAUCGCCCACAUCCUCUUCUCCCUCUACCACUUCUAGGGUUACAUCUACAACCACUUCAACUACCACCUCCAUUGUUCCUAGCACAAGUGUGACCUGCAUGAAUGGAGGGAAGUGGACAGGAGUGGCCUGUGAUUGUCCCCCGGGCUUCACAGGAGAUCGAUGUCAGUUAUUGACCAAUGUCUGCCAGAAUGGAGGUCUCUGGGAUGGGCUCAAGUGUCAGUGUCCCAGCCUCUACUAUGGGCCACUGUGUGAGAAUGUGGUGGAGAGCAUCGAGAUUGAGCCACCACCACAGACGGUCACUGCUCAAAUGGAACUGACCGUGACCGUGACUAGUGAGCCAUACAGUGAUAAGCUACAGGACCGGUCUUCUCAGGAAUUCAAGAAGUUCAAUGACACAUUCACGGAACAGAUGAACACAAUUUAUUCUGGAAUCCCUGAGUAUGAAGGAGUCAACAUCACAGGGUUGAGGUGCGGCAGUGUGGUGGUGGAGCAUGACAUCAUCCUGAAGACCAAGUUCACCCCAGAAUACAAGGAAAUCUUCAAGAAGGCCACCGAGGAGGUGAAGGAAAAAAUCGAGAAUGCAACCAGAGAGCUGAUAAGCAACAAUGAUACCUGCACAGCCCUGCUGUGCUUCAACUCAACUGCCACCAAGGUGCAGAACAUUACAGUCACCCAGUACGAUCCUGAAGAGGAAUGCCGGAAGAAGGCUGGGGAGGAAUUUGCCCCCUACUUCACGGUGGAGUACAAGGACCAGAAGCCCUACUGCAUCACGCCCUGCAUGGCCGGCUUCAAAGCCUCGUGGGACUGCCACUACGGCAAGUGCCAGCUGCAGCGCAGUGGCCCCCAGUGCUACUGCCUGAUCACAGAGACUCACUGGUACAGCGGAGAGACCUGUGAGUGGGGCAUCCAGAAGAGCCUGGUGUACGGACUCGCGGGCGCAGGCGGUGCCGUGGUGCUGCUGGUCAUCGUGGUCCUCCUGGUGUUCACGCUCCGCUCCAGGAGAGAGGUGAAGAGGCAAAAGGCCACAGUGUCUCAAUUGUACCAGUGGCAAGAAGACAAUGGUGGAUCUGUCCCUGGGACCCUCCGAAACAUUGGCUUUGACAUCUGCGAAGAAAGAGAAGAUUACAUCCACCUGGACGCCAUCUACAGUAACUUCCAGCCCUCUCUGAAUCACAUAGACCCUACAAAAAAGGUCCAAAUUCAGAGGCCCCAGGUGGUAAUGACAGCCUUGUAAAGCAAAGCAGUUUUGUGUGGCGCCGUGGGAUCUGGGAGUGAGGGGACCCCAGUUGGGCUAAGCUUGGUGGAACAUUUCCCCAUGGAGAGCG